UACUAUCAAUUCGCAACAAUAUCGACCCCGUGCCACGCACGGACCGUACCUUAUUUUGGCCCCAGGACCCCACUAUUGACCUCCAGUCCUUGCUCCAAGCUCUCAGUUAUCAACUUUCCCCACGCUCCUCCCACAAACCACAAGUUCCCACAUCCACCACGACCACCACACUACCUACCUACCGACCGCCCACACUACUGCCCACCAUGUCCCACCCGCGGGUAGAAGAAGUCUCCGAGAGCGACAGCGACGCCGGCAUGUCAGACCCUUCCGAGGGGGACAUCGACGACUUUGUCGAAUCCGACAUCAUGCGACGAGUCGACACCCAACCCACCCAGCAGCAGCAGCAGCAACAACCACCCCAACGACAACAACAACAACCACCCCAACGACAACAACAACCAGCACACCAACACCCCAACCCCCUCUACCCCCCGCCGCCGCCCCAGAUGCAGACCACGACGGACGAGAAGGCCUACAAGGCCUACCAGUGCCUGUACCCGGUCUACUUCGACGCGACGCGCACGCGGGCCGAGGGGCGGCGGGUGUCGCGGGCGCUGGCCGUGGCCAACCCGCUGGCCAUCGACAUCGUGCAGGCGUGCGCGGGCUUGCGGCUGCAGACGGUGCUGGAGGCGGGCAAGAUCCACCCCAAGGACUGGGCGAACCCGGGGCGGGUGAAGGUGAACCUGCGGCAGCCCGUGGCCGGUGCGACGGCCGUGGCAAAUAAGCACCACCUGUACGUUCUGGUGGCGCAGCACCUGCGUUCGAACCCGACGACGGACGCGUCGCUGUCGCUGCGCAUGGAGGUGCGCGGGGCGCCGAUGCCGCCGCAGGUGCAGGAACCGGGGGCGGCGUGGCCGCGGCCGGCGGUGCCGCGCGGGUGGAAGAUGGGGGAGCUGCUGCCGUACUACAGCCCGGCCAUGACGGGCGGCGGCGUGAGCGAGAACUUCCUCAAGGACAUGAUGAAGGAGAUGCAGCAGGGCGGCGGCGGCGGGCCCGGCGGCAUGCCGGAUAUGGCCAGUCUGUUGGCCGCUGCGGGCGGGGGCGGUGCUGCCGGUGGGAGCGGGAGCGGGAGUGGCGGAGGAGGCGGCAAGAGGGAUAAGAAGGGCAAGGGGAAAUAAAUGUGCGUAGAGGCGGGGUAAUAAAAAUUCGUUUAUUUUGAGAGUCUUGUCUGUGCGUUUGCACGCUGGUCUGUUCCGUUCGGCGAGACGUCAUCUUAGACAGGGUUCGGAAGUUGUAUGGUUUGUAUCCGGCUGAAGACCUUGGGCUGAAAGUUUGCCACGGCCAGAACAUUCACACUGCAUGUAAUCAACCAACCAUACUGAUUUGGCGUCACUCCCAUAAAAUAUUGGACC